AUGUCUCAACCAACUUCCAUCACCGGGCCUACGUAUACUCACACAAUAUGGCGCAAAAGGGAAAAGAAACUAAGCAUAACGCAGAAACUCGUCGGCAUAGUCACAACCAACCCAGAGGAGAAACUUAACAAGUUCACUAUACAGCAUAAGAUAUACUGGAGCAGCCAAUGGGAUAACAAGCUGCGAUUAACGGUGCCACUAGGUGACAAGAGUCCAGAAGAGACACUUGCAAACCUUGGAGCUUUGAUGAAAGAUGAAGGAAUGGAUCAGUACUGGGAGUAUGUGACGCAGUUCCAUACUGACGAUCCGUGCAAAGUCGAUCCAAGGGUGGAUAAGAUCAAGUAG